AUGCUGUUUUCAUUGCGACGUUGUUGGCGUUUAUUAAUUAUAUUAUUAACACCAUUAUUUCUUCUUCCAUUACCACUUUGUAUACAUUCAGCUCAAGCAAGAUGUGCUUAUAUUGUAUUACUUCUUACAGUUUAUUGGGUAUCCGAGGCGGUUCCUUAUGCUGUUACAUCUCUAUUUCCAUUAGCGUUAUUUCCUAUGCUAAAUAUUUUACCUGGAGAUGAAAUCGGUCAUAAUUAUUUUAAAGAUAUAACAACUUUAUUUCUUGGUAGUAUGACAUUAGCUCAUGCAAUGGAAUAUGUACAUUUACAUCGUCGUUUAGCAUUAUUUGUAUUAAGUUUUGUUGGUGCAUCAGUAAAAUGGAGUAUGGCUGGAUUAAUGUCUGUAACAGCUUUUAUUAGUAUGUGGAUCAAUAACUCAGCUGCAACGAGUAUUAUGUUACCUGUCGCUAUUGCUAUUGUUGAUCAACUUGAAAAUUAUGAAAAAGAAACAUUUAGUAAUGUCCAACCAGCACAAGAAAUGGUACCAAUAGAUACAGAUGUUGUGUUUGAUGUAAAAACAAUGACUGAAGAGGAAAAUGAAAAUAAAGGAAUAUUAAAUAAUACAAAUACGAAUAUGAACGAUGAAUUAACACCAUUUAAUAAUUCGCCAGGAGAUCAUCAUAAAUCAAUAUUUAAUUAUCAAAAAUUAAAAUGUGGUUUUCUCAUCGCUGUAGCAUAUAGUGCAGCACUUGGUGGUUUAACAACACUCGUUGGUACUGGUCCUAAUAUAUUUGUUAAAGGAUUUAUUGAUCAAAUGUAUGAAGAUGAUAAAAAAUUCAAAUUUGAAAUAUCUUUUGGUAAUUUUUUUCUAUAUGCAUUACCUAUUGGUUUAAUUAUGCUUAUAUUUUGUUGGUUAUGGUUACAAAUUUUAUAUAAUCGUAAAGAUUUUUUUCGUUGGAAAAAGGAUAAAAAUGAACAUGAACGAGAAAAACAUCUUCAAUCUAUUCUUAAACAACAAUAUAAAGAUUUAAAUUCUUUAACAUGGCAAGAAAUAAUUAUUAUUUGUCUUUUUAUUAUUUUAAUUCUACUCUGGGUUAUACGAGAUUUUUCCGAUGAUCGAUGGUUAAUUAUAUUUAAAAAAGAAUAUGCAACUGAUGGUACAAUUGCUUUAUUUAUUGGUACAUUACCACUUGUUUUACCUGAUAAAAAUCCAUUUCAAGAGAAUUGGCAAUAUAAUCCAAUUUUACCAUGGAAUCAUUUAUCGAAAACAUUUCCUUGGGGUGUAUUCAUGUUACAAGGUGCUGGUUUAGCUAUUGCUGAUGGUUUUAAAACAUCUGAUUUAUCAAGUACAAUGGCAACAUUUCUUCGUUUUAUAAUUGGUGCUCCACAAAUAAUUGUCAUUCUUUUUGUUAUUACAAUUAGUGCUAUAUUUACAGAAUUUACAAGUAAUCUUGCAUGUGCUAGUAUUCUAUUUCCAAUUUUACAUAGUAUUGCAACUAUAGCAAAUAUACAUCCAGUUUAUCUUAUUAUGCCAUCAUGUAUUGCUGUUUCAUUAUCAUUUAUGUUACCUAUAGCAACACCACCAAAUGCAAUGAUAUUAUCAAAUAAUAAUGUUAAAAUAACGGAUUUAAUAAAAGCUGGUAUUGGAAUAAAACUUUUUGGUAUUGUUGUUAUUUUUAUAGAAUCAAUUCUUUUAUUAACAUAUAUAUUUGGAAUUGAUGAAAUGACAACACUUUUUAAUUCAACUAUAUUAAUCAAUUCUACAUUAACCAAUUCUACAUUAAAUUAA